AAUAGAGGAGACUAUUGGAGAGAUGGCACAACGGAUUUUACAGGAUAAACUUACUAUUAAAGAUGUAAGAGCUGAAGCUUAUGCCUUAGCCCUAUCAGCAAAAAAUGCUAAUGCUAGUUCAUCACAUAUUUUCCGGCUUCAAAGAGAAUUAAGAAAUAUUGAUAUUACAGAAGAAGCUAACAAAAUCCAGAUGAACAAUCAGAAAAAGGCUGAAACUAAACGUAUUGAUUAUCCAAAUGAAUUUACAUUAGAAUCGGUUAAGGAAAGAUUAGAUGCGUAUGAUAUUAAAACUUUACCUAAUUAUCAGGCUCUUGCAAAUGUCAUGGUGAUGCUUUGUAUCCGUCCUGCUGAACUUAGAACUUUACGUAUUAUAGAUGCCGGAGUAACAGGAUAUGCGAAGAAUCGGGGUCAACCAGAUAUACCUAGAAAAUUUAGAUCUAUGGAAAAAAACCAAGAACGUGCCAGAGAAUUACUCACUUGGAUAUAG